AGUAAAGCUGUUAACACCGCGGAAAAGUUCAGCCAGUCGAACCAGAUCGUGCGUCCUGACGCACCGGUGGGACUGACUCCAAGAUGGGAGCCUCUCAGACUCGAACCGAGCUCAAAUACCACGAUUUGAUGGAAAAAACCGGAUUUUCAUUAGAGCAGAUUAAAAACCUUCAUCAAAGGUUUAAUCAGCUGAGCGACAACGAGGAGAUAAUCAGGAAAGAAAACCUGGAAAACAUACCUGCUCUGGCAGAAAACCCAAUCAAAAACCAAAUCAUCGAAGCUUUCUUUGAUAAAAGGAACCAGCAUGGGAAUGAAGUGGGAUCCUUCCAGGAAAUUGGUUUUGAGCAGUUCGUUAUGGUCAUGUCUCACUUCCGUCCCCCAAAUUUGAAAACAACAAAGGAGGAAAAGCAGGAGAUGAGGAAAGAGAAACUCCGCUUUUUGUUCAACAUGCACGACACAGACGGUGACGGCAUCAUUACUCUGCAGGAGUACAGGAAGGUGGUCGAGGAACUUCUGUCUAACAGCGGCGCCAUGGAUCAGGAUGCUGCCCACGAAAUAGCAGAUGCUGCCAUGUUGGAGGUGGCGAGCACAAACGUGCCCCAAAUGAGCCCCGAAGAUCACUACGAAGGAAUCACCUUUCAGCAUUUUGAGCAGAUCUUAAAGGACCUUGAAAUGGAGACGAGGAUGUUCAUUCGCUUUCUGGAUGUGGACACAACAACGAUGCAUUGUGGGAAAGCCACCAGCUGAAGGAACUUGUUAUUCUUUAUGUUGCAGAGCUGCUUCUGUUCUUAGAAGGGAUUAAGCUGAAAACGUGUUUUAAUCAGAGGAAAAUGUUUAUUUUUACACCAACGAUCCUAAAUGUACAUGUUUGACGAAGUAUUUAAAACUUAACCGAGUGUCUCUGUGCCUAAAUAACUCCGUUUGCAGCUUAAGUUAUGGAGUUUCGUGACCAUGAGGCGUGCAUUUAGCAUAUUUCUGAGUCUUUUUAUCCUUGAUAUUUCAAACACUUGAUCGAAGACGCUUGAACUCUUCGGCUAUAAACAGCUUGAAGGAUUUACAAAAGGCUCUGUCGUUAGACAAAGUCCUGCCCCGUGGCUCACGGAUCAUCUGAAGCAUGCAGGCACACGACAUUCCUCUGCAGCGCCAAAAUAGAAAACUCAUCUGUGUUUUUCUCUGAGACUCAACGUCCAGCUGCUGCUCUUGUAACACCAACCAGUUCUGAUUGUUAUCAAGAUGAGAUAUAGAUCAUCGGCAUGCAUGGACAUAAUAAAUGUGGUAAAUGAACGUCUGGAUUUAGCAGAAAAGCUACAAAAAAAUCAUUUUUUUAUAUGAAACAAGAAAGAAAUGAGUUUUUUAUUACAGCUGUGUUGCAGAAAUUUCACCAAAGUUUCAUAAGUAUGGAAGGUUUGUAAGAAAUAUGAUUAAAAUAAAAAUAAAAAGUCAGCUGAAGAUUUUCCAA